GUCUCUCGCGAGUAUCCGUAGUAAACAGUGAUGGCUUCCUCCGAAACACAACCUCGUUUCGGUCAAUCUGUUAAGGGUUUAUUGUCUGAUAAAGUCAGUUCUUGUAGUGGAGAUGUGAUUGCUCUAACCCGCCAAGUGUUAAAAGGAUCUCGCAGCCAAGAAUUACUCAGCCAGGCAGCGAGAAACAUGGUAAUUCAAGAGGAUGCCAUUCUGCACUCUGAAGAUAGUCUACGGAAAAUGUCUAUCAUAACGACUCACUUGCAAUAUCAGCAAGAGGCUAUUCAAAAGAAUGUGGAACACUCAAAAAACCUGCAGGACCAGCUGAGACAUUUAAUGAAAUAAUGGGACUGUGAUCCUAAACUCUUCUAUGAUCACACCAUGGACAUAGUUUCCAUUUUUUUAUGUUUCUCUCAUUGACUGAUCAAACAUUAAAUAGCACUAACUUUUUAAGACUGCAAAUGAUUAUUUAUACUGUAUAGCAGAUUGCUCUGUUAAAAUAUCCACAUGCCAGUAUUCCCCUUUGCUCUAUAUUUUGCUGCUGGGUGGCCCUUGUAAAAUGUCUGCAAGACCUUCAAGUGAAGGCUUUUCUGGAGGGAAAUUUUUUUCUGUUUUCAUAUUUGUCUUUUUGUAAUGAUAAUACAUUGACAAAAACAUGUUGUGUCUCUCUGUGCUGGAUUGGAAUGUGUAUGUACAUUUGCUUUUGAUUUUUAGGACAAAAAAAAAUGUCUUGUCUAUUCAUGUCUUGUUUAAUAGUGGUGUUGUUCCAUAUUUACUUAAAUGUGUAAUUUAUAAUUGUAUAAAAAAUACCAAUACUUUGGUUUAAGUUAAAUGGAACUUUAUUAAAAGUAUGUAAGUAAGGCAAAUAGGAAAAAACUUUUUUUCUUGAAAGUUCAAAAUGGGGGUAGGUGGUAAAGGUUAUCCCACAUGCAAUAUCAGCAGCUCCUUUCCUUGCAAGGGCAAGCAGAUGGAUGUCCUAGAGCCGGCCUUGAGCGUAACUCUAGGAUUCCACUACAAAAUCUUGAUUCACUGUAUGUUUGCAAGAAGUAUAUGUAUGUAUUUAAGCAUAAGCUUUAAACUCA